UGACAUUUUUCGCGGCAACGCGCGGGAUCGCGAGUGACGCACCGCAAACAAUCGAGAAGCUGCGCGUUCGCAACAAAAGGAGCAAUUUUCGGCGAGCUGUAAUAUCGGGGAGGAUUUUUUGGACGUGGUUUAACGAGGCCUUAUUGUAUAACGAGCCAUAAUGAGCAAGGUCAAGGAGUCUCCUCCGACGGAUAAUGAGACAGAGGAGGAAUUCAGCGUGGAAAAAGUUUUAGAUAGAAGAGUCGUGAAGGGAAAGGUGGAGUAUUUCCUGAAAUGGAAAGGAUAUUCAAAUGAUGAGAACACCUGGGAGCCUGAGGAAAAUUUAGAUUGCCCCGAUUUAAUCGCUCAGUUCGAGGAGCAACGGAAAAAGAAGGAGGCGGCGGCGUCAGGAAAACGACACGAAGAGAAAGAGCAGAAGAAACGAAAAAGUGCCAGCACACCGACACCUACUCCGGCUAAAAAGAAGUCAGUAGUAGAGGAGAAGAAGGCGGAAGGUAAAGGAGGAUUUGAUAGAAACUUGGAACCCGAACGUAUCAUUGGCGCGACAGAUUCCAGCGGCGAACUGAUGUUUUUAAUGAAGUGGAAGGGAACGGAUGAUGCAGAUUUAGUACCUGCUCGCAUCGCCAACGAAAAGUGCCCACAAAUUGUCAUUAAAUUUUACGAGGAACGACUUACGUGGCACAGCCCUACUCAUGAUGAGGAAAACUCUACCAAACCUGAUCCAGAGUAGCGUCCAGCUUACAGAUACAUAUAUACAGCUCGCUUUAGGAUAUAUCACAUUUAACGUUUUUUAAAUACGUGUAAUAAAAUAACUGAACAACUUGCAAGUUUAUCUAUUGUCAUUGCACACAUUGCAAAUAAAAUAUAGAUUUAUCAUUUUUUUUAAAAAAACUUUGGAGAGUUAUAAGCGAGCUGGCACUGUCCUGUUGUACAUGUAUUGAUUAGAAUGGACAAUUUUUAUCUAUAUGAAAGACCUAUUUUCCCUUACAGUUUUUCUCUAAUUUCUCAUUUUAUCUAUAUUGCUGUUAACGAU